ACUAAUUCGCUCCGCGGAGCUCCUCUCGAGCUAGGGUUUUAGAAUCCGCAAAUUGCAAGAGGCGGCCGAUCUACCUCUCUCUUGCUCGAUCUAAAUCUAAAGAGAAAAAAUGCCGACUUCAAUUAGCAAAAAGCGAAAGUUCGUCGCCGACGGCGUUUUCUUCGCCGAGUUGAACGAGGUCCUCACCAGGGAGCUCGCCGAGGAUGGAUACUCGGGCGUCGAGGUUAGGGUUACGCCUGUGCGUACCGAGAUUAUCAUCAGGGCUACUCGAACUCAGAACGUGCUCGGUGAGAAGGGCAGAAGAAUCAGAGAACUGACUUCAGUUGUUCAGAAGCGUUUUAAUUUUCCUGAAAACUCUGUUGAACUCUAUGCUGAGAAGGUCAACAACAGGGGCCUUUGUGCCAUUGCUCAGGCUGAAUCUCUCCGAUACAAGCUUCUUGGAGGACUUGCUGUUCGGAGGGCCUGCUAUGGUGUCCUGAGAUUUGUCAUGGAGAAUGGUGCCAAAGGAUGUGAGGUGAUUGUGAGUGGAAAAUUGAGGGCGCAACGUGCCAAAUCGAUGAAGUUUAAGGAUGGAUACAUGAUUUCCUCUGGUCAGCCUGUGAAUGAAUAUAUAGACUCAGCUGUUCGCCAUGUGCUUCUGAGGCAGGGUGUUCUUGGCAUCAAGGUGAAGAUCAUGUUGGAUUGGGAUCCAAAGGGAAAGCAGGGACCAACCACACCACUUCCAGAUGUGGUUACCAUUCACUCUCCGAAGGAUGAAGAGGAGUACCUGAGGCCUCCAGUGAUGGCAACUGAAAUAGAUGUCCCAGUUGCUUAAGUGCUGCCCCUGCAGAAGUUUCUCUUUUUUAUUUUCUCGGCCACCUGGACUCCCACCAACUUAAUGAGUUCUUCAGAGUUGUUUACAAUACUUCUCAGAAGCACUUGUGUUUAUUUAGUUUUGUACCAAAAACUUGUCGUCGUUUGAGAUCAAUCAAAACCCCUUCCUAUGUUGUUUUGCUUAAAUCUUCUCAUGUCUUGACGAGGGUCUAUUACUAUUUUUUGAACGAAGGAGGUAUGUAACUAUCUCAGUUGCUGA